AUGGCUACUAAAGACGAAGUCUGCCCCAUUGUUGGGACAACAAAUACAUUCCUGCCUCCCAAACACCCUGACUUUGAUAUGAACCAGCCAGGACUCGUCUGCCCUGUCACCAAAGCCUCCACCGAUCAUCAUCACAAUCUUCACAAACACCCGGGAGUAUUUGACAAUGCCUCAGAUCUUUCGAACGCCGAACAAUGUCCCGCUCUCACGAAAAUUGUGAGUCGGCCCGAGCAACAGGCCAUGGAUGAAGCCAUCUGCCCUGUCGUUGGGACUGUCUCCAGCGUCCUUCCCCCGAACCAUCCACCAACGGAGAAUGCAAAGGAAGGUGACGUUUGUCCCGUGACAAAUGCGCAACUAGGACAUCAUAAGGGCAAAGUUCACGCUCACCCGAGUGUGGCCAAUGCCGCACAGGGAGCAAGAUGUCCAGUGGUUGGCGCAACCGCUUAA